AUAAAAAAAGAAUCUUUGGAUCAGUACAAAGAAAAAAAUUGAAUCUUUAUUUUGCGUAGUAUCCUAUUGGCUAUGGUGGUCGACGAAGGGAAAGACCCCGAGGCGGAGGAGGCCCAGCAAUCUCGACUGAUCCUCAACAAUUUCCUUUCCCCCAAUCAAUGCAAUGAACUUGAAUUCAUUCACAAGAGUUGCAGCACAGUGGGUUACAGACCCAACGUCUUCUCCACCACUCUUUCUCAUCUCAUCGCCACCAACUCUCCCCAUUUUCUCACACCCUUCAUUCCCAUUAGAGAGAGGCUAAAGGAAAAAGUAGAGGAGUUCUUCGGCUGUGAAUAUGAACUCUUUGUUGAGUUCACCGGUUUGAUCAGUUGGAGCAGAGGAGCAAGCAUUGGGUGGCAUAGUGAUGACAAUAGGCCCUAUCUUAAACAAAGACACUUUUCUGCAGUUUGUUAUUUGAACAACUAUGGGGAUGAUUUCAGUGGAGGACUUUUCCACUUUCAGGAUGGUGAACCACAGGCUAUUGUACCUUUGAGAGGAGAUGUUGUGAUAUACAGAGCUGAUAACCGCAACAUUCAUUCUGUUGAUGAGAUUAUUGAUGGGGAGAGACUUACUUUGGCAUUAUGGUUUAGUCGUGAGAGUUCUCAUGACGAGGAUGCUAAACUUAUUUCCCUCUUCUCAGAGAGAACACUACAUAGUAACAAAUGGCUGCCACUUCCAGCAUCCAGUGAUAUGUAUUGGUUUUCACUGGACCAAUCUUCUGAGGAUCACUUGGGUUUUGAUAUAUGCUGGGCAAGAUUGCAUGUAAUCGGAUUUGACAUACUAUAUGCUGAAGAUAAGAGCUGCUGCUCUGAUAUCUCAGAGUUAUUAAUGGAGCCAGUUCAAUUAGCAAGAGGAAAUGAGUUGUUUGACAAGGAAUUUAUCAAUAUCUUGCAUGCACUUCAGGUUGUGCAAUACUACUGCUGGAAAGCCUCCGAAGUGGAAGCAACAAAGGUUGAAGUAGAAACCAGCAAGGUGUUACUAUUAUCAGAAUUCCAGCAACACAGAAUUAGUAGCCUUAAGACUUUGUUUUUGAAGGAUAAUCACCUAGCAGAGACGGUUUUUCGUCGUGCAACACCAACAUGUAGUGAAAGUAUGCAGCAGAGUUUCGAUUGGACAAAGUUCGCUGCUACUAUCGCAAUGUGGGAAGGUUACGCUCGCGAUUGUUACGAGGGAAUAUUGAGAAGCUUACCAUAUUGGAAAGUACAAGAGUCUAUAUUCAAGGUGUCAUUUGAUGAGAUGUAACUGGUACGUACGUUUACUUGUUGCUCUUUAUUAGAUUUGGUAAGGAAACUGUUAUAUGAACUGGUACAUUUUGAAUCAAACACAUGUUUUUGAACUGUUAUAUCUAAGCAAAAUAUGUUUUCUA